AUGAUCCGCUUUGGUUUACUACUACUUUGCUUAUCAGUUGGUGCGUUAGCCGUGCCAACAGCUGAUCGGCGCAUUGUUGGUGGAUUUCCCGCCGAAUCCGGCGAUGCACCGUGGAUGGUUUCGAUGCGUAACGCAUUCAAUAUCCAUUUCUGUGGAGCAACUUUGCUGAACCAGCGGUUCGUCCUCACAACGGCCGUUUGUAUGGAGGGUAGACUGUCUUCCACAACCAUGGCUGUUGUUGGUUCACGUUUCUUGAACACCAUAGCAGCCCCCUAUUAUGGUCUACAAACCAUCACACAUCCACGGUAUAAUCAAAAUACGCUAGAAUUCAACGUGGCAUUGUUCCAAACGAUCCAGAGUGUAAUUUUUACCAACAUAGUACAACCAAUUCAGCUGGGUGCUGAUUUCACAGAGGCUGGUACUCGGGCAAGAUUUUUCGGUUGGGGUGCCAUCCAGCAAGGAGAUGGCAAUUCAAACGCCCUGAUGACCAUCAACCUGAACGUGAUGCAUAAUGAAGCUUGCCGAAAUUCGCUCGGAUCCGAUGGAAUGCGAGUUACCGAUACCACGCUGUGUACGCUUAAUCGCGAAGGACAAGGAGUAUGUACGAAUGACGCUGGAGGUGCACUGGUAUUCGAUGGAUUGGCCAUAGGUAUUGCCUCCUGGAAGCUUCCGUGUGCAACCGGACGUCCGGAUGUCUUUGUACGAGUGUCCGAUAUCCGCGAAUGGGUGCUGAGCAUAAUCUAG